AUGUCUGCCAUGUUUAUCGCGCAUGCGAGUUAUCUAUUCAUGCAAUACUUGAGUUUUCCAGUUCUCACAGAAAUAAAGUACGGCAAUAUUGACUUCACGUAUCCGGAUGUGACCAUUUGUCCCAACGCUCCUUUCACUGAUGCGGAUUUUCCCGCGGAUCCCCGAUUAGCAGCAUCUCUGAAUUCGUCCGAGAGGUUUUGGAUGGAGAAAAGAGGUUCCAUCGCAGGUUCGCCUCGGUUGCAUCAAAAACGUAGCAUGCUUUCCACAUUUUAUCGAUGGUCUCAACUGGUCGGGAAGCGUCCACAUCAAUAUGUAUUAGAAUGCCAGGUGAACAAACUCGAAUGCUUGGCCAAUUUUAUGAUUACCGAACAUCCUACCUACUACCGUUGUUUCACCUUGCGCACUCGUAUCAAUCCGCCGUUACCUGCCGGUCCGACCAAUGGAAUCCGGUUGAUUUUGCAUCGAGGACGGGCGUAUGCACGUCCCCUUCUGUCCGUAGUCGAGGAAGAGCCCGCGUUGUUACAAUCGGUAGACUCGUGGGAUACACCAUUUCAGAAGGAUGGAUUUUUCAUCACUUUUCAUGAGAGAAAUACUUUUCCCAGUUUUCCAGUCCAGUCAUUACCGAAUGGGUUGACCUUGAGGUUCGGUGAAACAAUGCGGAUCGCUCUCGAGGAGACGCAUUACGAGGCAGUGAAUCUAACCGGUCGAGUGUGCGCGAAUGAAAACUACGCGCCACAAAUCGAGUUGUUGCGUUUAGACAAGGAUUCGGAGAGCAACGCGGACUCUUCGGAAGGUAACCAUUUAUGGCCGUUACUUCAAUUGUUUCUUCGUCUCGCGUUUGGACAGAGCAGCCAUCUUCACUGA